CCGCGUUUUCCAGAUAGUUUGUUCACCUCCCAGCGCGCGGACCCCUCAAGUUUGUAGAUGGAAGCAACUCUCCUUCACCCUACACGCUCUCUGCAAAGCACCUGAAAUACUGAACUCUUAAAUAUCAAUUGAAACCCAGGCCACCCCACCAGCGUACGAGCACCGCGCGCCUACCCGUUCGCAACCCCAUUUUUGGCACAUUCUUAUCCUAUCCUAUCUUCAAACACCUGGCCGACCACGAUGGAGAAACGUGCCACCGUCAUAGACGACCCAAUCCCUCGCAUGACUUACUGUAUGUAUUGCCGGGUUAAGAACUCCAUGCUUGCCGUCGCGUGCCUGCGCUUUGUUGGCUGAAGUGCUUCUGGGUGUCGUUUCGCCACGUCGCGGGCAUGGACCUGAGAUAGAGGUGGCUAUCCCUCGUUUGACGAUGUGCUGACUUGGCACCUCGCCUUUAGACGUCAUGAGAUUCGACUAUGCGCGACCGCCCGGCGUCGACGCCAGCGGAAUCGCUAUCGUGCCCAAGAACGGCGUCGGCGACUGGAGUAAGUGCCUCCUCUUCACCAUCGUCUCCGGCCCCCUCUUCAAAACCCAGAUUCAUGGCUUUGGCAUCAACUCCAAGGGCUACAACGAGCGUGAGGCCCUUCUGCAGUCUUUGCAGACGGCGGAGUACCUCGUGUUUCCGGACGGCAAGCGCGCCGAGAUAGAUGCAGAGGAUAUGGGGAAGUUCCAGAGUGUCAUCCGGUACACGAAGCCGCUGUGGGACGAAUACGCCAUCCUGAAGCGAGUCAACGAAGAGCCGCAGUUCCGAGGCGUGCUUCUGGAAGGGGCCGUCUUCGGCUCGUGGGCAGACGCUAUCUUGAGCAGGAUUAUCAUCGUCAGCGACCGGAGGUUCUGCUGGAGGAUGAUCGGACGCGAUCCGAGGGUGGCGGCGCCGGAGGACAAGUUGCUGGCAUUCAAGGACGAGCAGUACGAGGACUUUGUGUUCACCGGAUGGCAGGGUCAGGACGGGUAUCCGAGUCAAGAUAUGAUCCUUGGCUGAGCGGGUGCCCAUGGGCGGAGCACUCCGUGUCUAAUGAGUUCGCGCCAUGGGGGUAAAAGAACAGUGGGCAAGGAAUCUACAAAGGGUACCUUGGCGGAGACGGCGAAGGAUGAACAAGCAUGGGAAAGCGGGAAUUCGUCACGGAUGCCCCAAGCUGCAGGUGGGCUGAAGG